AUGUCCGACCUCGAGAAGCGCUCGUCGACGCACGACAUCGAGGAGCAAGGCCUGAGCGACAGCGCCAAGCGCGCUCUGCACGGCGGUCCGCCGCCUUUCCGGUGGGCCUCGCUGUGGGAGCCAGCCCAGAUCAACCCGCUCAACGGCAAGAGCUACACGCUCCCGAUGCUGCGCCUCUCUGAUCAAUAUGCGCGCAACUUUCAUCUCGCGUGGCUCGGGUUCUUCGUGGCGUUCCUGUCAUGGUUUGCCUUCCCGCCGCUCAUCCCCGAGGCGAUCAAGAAGGACCUCAAGCUCACGAGCGAGCAGGUCGGCAACAGCAACAUCGUCGCGCUGCUGGCGACGCUCGUCGCACGCUUCGCCCUGGGUCCGCUCGUCGACCGAUUCGGCCCGCGGUACACCAUGGCGGCCAUCCUCGUCGCCGGCGCCAUCCCGUCGGGCCUCGCCGGCGCCAUCACCAACGUCAACGGCCUGUACGCCAUCCGCUUCUUCAUCGGCAUCCUCGGCGCGACGUUUGUACCCGCCUUGGCGUGGUCGACGGCCUUCUUCGACAAAUCCAUCGUCGGCACGGCCAAUUCGUUCGUCGGCGGCUGGGGCAACCUCGGCGGCGGCGUCACAUUUAUCGUGCAGGUGGCCGUGUUCGAGUCGCUCGUCAAGGACCGCGGCCUCAGCUCGCACUCGGCAUGGCGCGCAGCGUUCGCCGUCGUCCCCGUCCCGAUCCUCCUCGGCACCGCCGCCGCGACGCUCUACUUCGGCACCGACCACCCCGCCGGCAAGUGGGCCGCCCGUCACACGCUCCCCGCAACCGCCAUCGCCGCUCGCCAAGGCCACCUCGCGCAGCUCGACGCCUCUGAGCGCGCCGUCGUCGAGCGCAAGAUGCACGAGAAGGUGUCGGGCGACGCCCGAGUUCAGGCCGUGUCGGACGAGGACGAGGAGGUCCGGGCCGAGAUCCCGCUCGACGUUGCCGUCAACGAGCCCUUGACCUGGGCGAGCUUCCUCAACAUCAUCAGCAAGCCAUACACGUGGCUCCCCGCCCUCAUGUACAUGACCACGUUCGGCAUGGAGCUCGCAGUCGACGCCAACAUCGCCUCGGUCCUCGUCGCCAACAACGGCCUCACUCAGCUCGAGGCCGGCUACUACGGCAGCACCUUUGGGUUCCUCAACCUCGUCACGAGGCCUGCCGGCGGCUGGUUCGCCGAUCGCCUGUACGCCUACUACGGCAUCAAGGCCAAGAAGUGGCUCACGGCAGCGCUCGGUUUCCUCAUGGGCGCCAUGUCGCUCGCCCUUGGGCUCUACACCAAGGCGUGCUGGGACGCCGGCAACCGGCCCAACCUUAACGUCACGAUGGGCAUCAUCUCGCUCCUCGCAAUCUUCUGCGAGGUCGCCAACGGUACCUGCUUCUCGCUCGUCCCGCACUGCAACCCUUUCUCGAACGGCUUCUCGACGGGCUUGGUCGGCGCGAUGGGGAACUUGGGCGGAAUUUUCUUUGCCUUGAUGUUCCGCUUCCACGUGGUGCAUGGCUACAACAUCGCCUGGAUUGCCGCCGGCGCCUUCGCGAUGGGCAUCAACCUGUUCUGCGUCUUCCUCCCUACCCCGAAGCAGUAGCCGGC